AGAGUCCAAUUUCAAGACUUAAAUCUUAAGAAAUAUUAAAUUGUUGGUUAUAAAGUAAUGAGUUAAUAUUGGAGAGGACUAAAUAAAAAGAGCUAUAAUAAAGAUUCCAAGUUUGAAGGUGUUAUUUUACAGGUUAGGUUGAAAUCUGUUCACAUGUAUUGGCUGGAGACGAAAAAUCGCUUGGGGUGGGGACGUGAUAGAGAUUUAUAAUUCAUAAAACCUGAUAAAUUUUUCAUUGAAAAAGUUCUCCGGGCAGUUAAGACUGCAGGACGUAAGUCCAAGAAAUGAAUAUGAAUACAAUUAAAGCAGUGUUACAUUUAUAAUAAGAUGUUCGGCUUAUCAGAUUUAAGAUGUGUUAGAACGACAUUGAAGAAAUUCAAGAUGAGAAUGGUUCGUGUCCUUGGUUCUCGUUCAUGUUAUUCUGUCACUCGUAGUCACUUGAUGAUCAACAGAGAUACCAAAGUAAUAUGCCAAGGAAUGACAGGAAAGCAGGGUACAUUUCAUUGCAAACAAGCAAUAGACUAUGGAACAAAUAUAGUAGGAGGUAUUUCUCCUGGGAAAGGUGGUUCUAAACACCUUGGUGUUCCUAUCUUCAAUACAGUGGAAGAAGCUGUCAAAGAAACAGGAGCAGUAGCUUCUGUUAUAUAUGUGCCAGCAUCCCUUGCUGCAAAAGCCAUUCUUGAGGCCAUAGAUGCAGAAUUGCCAUUGGUGGUUUGUAUUAGUGAAGGUAUCCCACAGAAAGAUAUGGUUUUUGUGAAACAUCGACUAUUGAGGCAAACAAAGACUCGAUUGGUCGGUCCUAACUGUCCUGGUAUUAUUAAGCCUGAUGAAUGUAAGAUUGGCAUAAUGCCUGGUCACAUCCACAGGCAAGGGAAGAUAGGAAUUGUUUCCCGUUCAGGCACGCUGACCUAUGAAGCUGUCCACCAGACAACACAAGUUGGGUUAGGUCAGAGUUUGUGUGUGGGUAUUGGAGGUGAUCCCUUCAAUGGAACAAAUUUCAUGGACUGUCUGGAAGUAUUUCUUGAUGAUCCUAGUACUAAAGGUGUAAUUAUGAUUGGAGAAAUUGGUGGUGCAGCAGAAGAAAGAGCUGCCGAGUUUUUAAAACUGCACAACUAUGGGAACUCUGCCAAACCAGUAGUGUCAUUUAUUGCUGGCUUGACAGCUCCAGCUGGUAGGAGAAUGGGACAUGCAGGUGCCAUUAUAGCUGGUGGGAAAGGUGGUGCUCAAGAAAAGAUUGAGGCAUUGAAAGAAGCCAAUGUAACAGUUACCAAGUCUCCAGCACAAAUGGGAGCUGCAAUGUUACUGGAGAUGCAGAAAAAAGGGCUAGCAUGAAAUGGCUGAUGACUAAGAUGGCAAGACUUUCAAGGGUUCAGUGUUCUGGAAAUAUAUCUAUGGACCAGGAUAUAUGAUGAUUAUAUAUGAUUUCAAGAUAUAUAUAUUUUUUUAUGUGCUAAAUUUUGGUUACUGGGAAAAUUAAACCUUAUAUUAAUUUUUGAUGAUAUUGGUAUGGAGUGAAAAAAUAUCUUUAUGUCAAUUUGGCAUGAUAUGUUAUAGGAAGUGGAUUUUUCUCCUAAUUAUUUGUUUGGAUUUCUUAAAGUAAUAUAUUCACAAACUGACUUUUUAUUCUGUGGAAAAGCUACUAAUACUAAGGAUAUAAAGUGCAAUCGUAAAAAGUAACAACUGAUAUGUACAUAACUAUAAAUGAUGGGUUUUACAUGCAAGUAUUUUAGUAUAGAUUUUUAUAUCACAUAUAAAAAAAGUCCCUGAUAAAAUAGAAGAAAAUAUUUUAAGUAUAAAUAGUACUUAGUAUAAUUGUAAACUUGUCAGUUAUCUAAUAGUGUCAGACAGUUAUUUGAAUGUUAAUAUCCUUAUCUUAACAUUCCAGCAUACAACAACUGUUUGUAACAUUGCUGAUUUCAUAGCUAGUCAGAAGGUAUGUUUCUUUGGUAAUAUUAAAGUUCCUUGUUUUGGAGUGCUCCAGCCUAUUCUACCUUGUAACUGUUAUGAUUCUUUUUUUGGAACUCAAGAGUUUGUGAGUUAAGUGUACAAAGCUGAUCUUAGCAAUUACGAAA